ACCAUGCCCAGAAUGAUCUGCAAGAACUCAGACCUGGAAUUUGACUCGCUGAAACCCUGCUUCUACCAGGAAGAAGAUGACAUCUACUUUGGUGGUCGAAACUCUACACCUCCAGGGGAGGACACCUGGAAGAAGUUUGAACUGUUGCUCACCCCUCGAUUGUCACCUGGAAGUGCCUUGGCAGAGCACAGCCUGGAGCCAGUGAACUGGACCACGGAUAUGCUGCUGCCUGAGGUCGACCUAUGGAAUAACCCAGCGGAGGAGGAGGUUCUGGGCCUGGGAGGACUCCGCAGCUGCACUAGCAACCCAAUCAUCCUUCAGGACUGCACCCAGGAGAAGCCAGAGAGUGUGGUGAGUGAGAAGCUGCCAGGAGGCUAUGGGUCCCUGGCCCUCGGCACAGGCACCUUGGCCACCGGAGCAGCAGCAGCAGCAGCAGCUGGCUCUGCUGGACACGCACGCAGGGAGACAGCAGGUAUGGGGUGUGGGAAGGCAGCCUGGCUCACAGAGCUCUCCCAUCUGGACUCGGAGUGUGUGGACCCUACUGUGGUCUUCUUCCCGGAGAAUAAGCGCAAGCCUAUGCCUGUACCCACCAUCCCCACCAGCACCGGCGCAGCAAUAAGCCUUGGUGACCACCAAGGGCUCAGCAGUUCCCUAGAGGACUUCCUGAGCAACUCAGGUUCUGUGGAGGAAGGCGGAAAGGAAAUCUAUGUGGCCAUACUGCAGAAGACACAGUUCUCCAAGACUGUCACCAGGCUCCCCACCGCGGCGCAUCGGGAGAACGCAGUGCUGAGUCCCAGAUGCACGCAGUCCAGCAAGCUGAUCCUCAAGCACCGUAACCUCAUUCAAGAGCAACACAACUAUGCCGCUCCACCGUUGCCCUACAUGCAAAGGGAGGACCCGCGGCCUCAGAAGAAGCCCAGGAACCACACUUGGCUAGGGCCUCUCAAACGCAUCCUCUGGCCAAAGGCUCAGAGGUUGGGAUCCCGGAACAAGUUAGACUUGGAGGACAUCCAGCACCCUCGCAACUACAACAAGACGGAGUGCCAACGCCGCAACCACAACAGGACGGAGCGCCAACGCCGUGACAUUAUGCGCUCCAGCUUCCUGAACCUCAGGGACCUUGUGCCCGAACUGGCGCGCAAUGAGAAGGCUGCCAAGGUGGUCAUCCUGAAAAAAGCCACCGAGUACAUCCACACUCUGCAGGCUGAUGAGUUCAAGCUCCUGGUGGAAAGGAAGAAACUGUAUGAAAGACAACAGCAACUGCUAGAGAAAAUCAAACAAUCUGCUGUGUGCUAA